GGCCGAAACCACGCGUGCAUGGCCAAAAAGACGUGUGCGGGCGCGAAUACGAGGCAUACGAGCACGAGAUGGGUUAACGCGAACGCGAAGUGAAAUACGAGAUUGUUGCGUAAAGAAUUGGCCACACGCAAGAGGAGUUUGCACGAGCACAAAGGCACGCAUGCGGAGAUGCUGCAUGAGCCCGAGGUACUCGAGGCGUAUGAACAUGGCGCACAUGCGGACGGGCCUGGACUUGGGAGCACGUGUGGGCUUAGCGAUAGUGGUUCGGUUGAGCCCGGGAGUUGGCAACGGGUCACGCGAGGAAGCACGUGGAGGAGUACGUGGGCGUGAUGCGCAAUCACACGAGGCGAGCCAACCCGAUCAUCAGGCUCCUAUUCAGGCUAUGGUAGUCGCCCAGUUCCGCGACUAUCACGCCGAAAAAUUUUCAGGGCAGGGAGACCCCCGCAUCGUUGAUGAAUGGAUUCAGGGGUUGGAGUUUAUCUUUGAGGUUAUGGAAUGCCCCGAUAGGUAUCGCGUAGUUUGCGCUCAGCUUCAACUCACUGGUGAUGCAAGGCUCUGGUGGAAUGCCUACUGGAGCAUGCGUCCCGGUGAAAAAGCGGGUUGUACAUGGGACAUGUUUAAGGAGCUAGUCCGUGACAAGUACUACCCUUCCUACUAUCGGGCAGAGAUGGAGCGCCAGUUCUUAGUGCUUCAGCAGGGCACUCGUACUGUUGAUGAGUACGAGCGAGAGUUCACUAGACUUGCAGGUUUCGCACCGGAUCUU